CCCCUUGGUAAUAAUGCCGGCACUGCCCCAAAUGCAGGAACGCCGUUUCAGGAAUCUUCUCCCCACCCUCGCCUUCAAUCCAGAUGUCCUCGCACCCCGGGUUAUUGUAUUCCGUGCGAGGGAAGAAGCUGAGAUCAGCCGCGGGCGUAGAGGCUGAGCUUGAGGUUGCAGAAUCUUCGCUUCCUGCCGCGUAAACUUUGCAAAGGGCCGGCGAUCGUGGGGGGGGGGGAGUGAGGAAACUGCCUCGGGACAGGCUUUCGGAUACGAGAUCCUGUCCACGCUCUAAGGACACAUACCACGCGGAAAGUCUCGGGUGACCGGUUCCCCCUCGAUUGCUGUCUUUCUUUUUAAGGAGCGCCACGUGCCAGCGUGCGUGUCUGGGUCUCUCUCUCUCUCUCUCUCUCUCUGAGCAAGCGGUUUGCGAGGACGAGGACCGGAGCGCUGGGGCGAAGAGGGAACGACAAGAGCCGAGAAAGCCGGGCUAAAAAGCGCCCAGCCAGCAGCACUAGCCCCAGUCGCGCGCCAUCGCCCUUUCUCCGCCAGGCGGCAUGAGCAGCUGCGACGCCAAGGACUACCUGACCAAGAAGGAGAUCCCGCAGCUUUUCGAGAGUUUGCUGAAUGGAUUAAUGUGCUGCAAACCCGAUGAUCCUGUGGAGUAUUUGGAAAGCUGCUUACAAAGAGUAAAGGAGCUGGGGGGAGCAGAAAAAGUCAAAUGGGACACUUUUGUCAGCCCAGAAAAAAGGUCACUGCCUCCACUUAACGGCAACCAGUCAAGAAGAGCAUUUUUCAGGAAUGUGAUGCCUGACAACCCCAACUUUCCUUACCGGAGGUAUGAUCGACUUCCUCCAAUUCACCAAUUCUCCAUUGAGAGUGACACGGAUCUCUCAGAAACAGCUGAACUUAUUGAGGAAUAUGAUGUAUUCGAUCCGACCAGGCCUCGACCCAAAAUCAUCCUAGUCAUAGGUGGACCUGGCAGUGGGAAAGGAACCCAGAGCUUAAAAAUAGCAGAACGCUAUGGAUUUGAGUAUAUCUCUGUGGGUGAAUUGUUAAGAAAGAAGAUCCAUAGCACAAGCAGCAAUCGAAAGUGGAGUCUGAUUGCUAAGAUAAUUACAACUGGGGAAUUAGCCCCACAGGAAACCACAAUUACUGAGAUAAAGCAAAGGUUAAUGCAAAUUCCUGAUGAGGAAGGUAUCGUUAUUGAUGGAUUUCCACGAGACGUUGCCCAAGCUCUUUCCUUUGAGGACCAAAUCUGUACCCCAGAUUUGGUGGUGUUCUUGUCCUGCUCAAAUCAACGACUACAAGAACGCCUAAUGAAACGCGCCGAACAGCAGGGGAGGCCUGACGAUAAUCUGAAAGCUACACAGAGACGCCUGACUAAUUUCAAGCAGAAUGCUGUUCCGCUGGUCAAAUAUUUCCAGGAAAAGGGUCUGAUUGUGACCUUGGAUGCUGACAAAGAUGAGGAAGAGGUCUUCCGCAACAUAAGCCUGGCUGUUGACAAUAAGCUGUUUCCCACUCAAGAACCAGGGCCAAGUCCAUGUGAAGUUGACCUUAGUCUCGUUGUGGACCCAGGAGAGAUUCCUGAUCAUGAAUUUAACUUUGAAGAUCAGGCAUAUGAACAGUCAUGUGUUUGCAGGCCUGAAAGUGCAGGUUUUACAGAAGACCUGAAGAAAUCAAACAUAAUUUUUGUACUUGGUGGCCCAGGCUCUGGCAAAGGAACCCAGUGUGGGAAAUUAGCACAAAAGUAUGGAUUCACGCAUCUGUCAGUAGAAGAUCUGAUCCAAAAUGAGGCAGCAUCUGGAAGGAGUAAGACCAUCAAAAAUAUAACCGAGAGUGGUGAAUUUAUAUCAGGGGCACCUGAGCUUUCAGACCAGAUGUUAAACCAAACUACUUUGCAUUCUUCAAUUAAGGAUAUUGUCACAGAGCUCCUAAAAGAAGCUAUACUUGCCAAUAUGGAAAACUCGGAGGGAUUCUUGAUUGAUGGCUAUCCCCAAGAUAUUCAACAAGGAGAACAGUUUGAGAAUGAGAUUGGUGAGCCCUCUCUGGUACUCUGCAUGGACUGUUCUUCUAAGACCAUGAGUAAUCACCUUCUGCAAAAAAGUCAGUGCCUUGAGGAUAAUGUUGAAGCUAUCAUGAGAUGCAUUGAAGCUUACUAUAAAAGAGCUGAGACACUAAUUGCAUAUUAUGAAAACAGAAUUCCACUCUUUAAGAUAAAUGCAGAAGGAACACCAGAGGAAGUUUUUCUUGAGAUAUGCACUUCAGUCAAUACUUUUCUGAAGAAGGAAUAGCACCAUUUUCAGAACUUAAUGUAAUGGCAGUGCUGGAACACACACAUGCAUAGUGUCCUUUACAAAUGCUGCUCAAAGCAAUAGCUGCUGCCUUGAAAGAUUAAUGCAUGUUGUAAACAUUGUAAAAAUCUUUGUAACUUAAAUGGUACAGUAAUGAUAUGUGUACUGUAUAUGGCCUAUGAUACAGUUUGCAGUUCACAGGUUUAAAAAGCCAGCAUGAUAAACAGUAUCUGAGUUUUAUAGAACCCAUCUUCUUCAUUUCAGUACUGCAAGACAUACUAUACAGUCAAGCACAGUAUUCUGUCAGUAGGAGUGAUGUAACAGUGAAUUUGCUGAUGAAUACAAAUCAAUUUUUGGGGCUAUUUAAGUUUGUUCUUUUUUGUAAUGCUUGAACAGUCUGUUUCUGUCAUUUUCUUUUACAAGGGGAACAUGUCUGCAAUUAAGUCUGCAGUCAUUUACACACCAAAUAAUGGAACUGGGAGAGACUCACACACAAAAAAGCAUGAUAUGCAAUACACGAACCAAAUGUGAAAUAAUUAACUGAUUGCAGGACCAGAUGUUGCAUUGAUAAGACCAUCCAUACAAAUAUCCUAUGUAGUUAUGGCUUGAAAAUUUUUUGAUUUACAAUGCUAACAGAGGGAUAAUAUAUGCAGAAAAGAAAAGUGCCAAAUAUUCCUGAUGUGCUUAAGAUGGGUAAAGACUUAGAGCUAAUAAUGGCAGUGUUGGUAUAUACAAAAUUAACACACAUUUAAAAAGACUACAGGCAAUAAUUGUCUCUAUAAACUGAUUGCGGUAUGUGUAACAGCUACAUAUAGCCAAUUGUCAGUUUUAAGUAAUUUAUUGCUCAGCAUUUAACAUGAUGGGAAAUUUAAAAUGUAAAUGAGCAGUAUUAAGUUCAGAUUACCACAUGCUUUCUACAUGGCGCACAUGCACAUACACACCUCUUGAUGACUGAAAUACUGAGGUUUUUCAAACUGUUUAUCAACAGACAAGAAAAUCUUAUUGUCUAUAUCAGAAACUACCUUCUUUUGCUAUCCACUAUCUCUUCUUGCAUGCUAGAUUCUAUCAACAGUUGCAUUAUCAACAAGCAAUUGAGCAAAAUUUGUAUUUUUCAACCUACUACUCUUGUAUGAAAAAGUAAUAAAAAUAAAAUAUAUGGACAAAUGUUAA